CCUCAGGCCUUAGAAUUCCACGUUUCUGAUCUCUGUCUAGGAUCCCUACCGUGGUCAAGCUCCAAAUGGUCCGCCUCAUCCACACCCUGGCUGGGCUCGCCCUAACGUCCCUCGCCGCCGCGGUGGAUUGGAAGAUGGAUGUCGAGCCCUACGAAUCGCACGACUGCGAACGGCCCAAGUUGGGCAAUUUCGACUUCGCUCAUGGAGAACACAAAUCCGUCCACUUUAACUCGAUGCGCCUGCAUGCAACUAAGGAUCACGGCGGGUACCUCAAGCAAAUCCAGGCGGGCCAGCUCGUGUGCACGGUCGCUGUGCAUCAUGAUGUCUUGAACAAGUCCCCGUUUAUGAAGGGCGAUCUGAGCGUCCGGAUCGUGAAUAAGGAGGCGGCGUGGAAAACGUGUAUUAAAUUUGCGGAUAACAAGCCUAUCAAUAGUUUGUUCUUCAAGUGCGAGACGACGAGGGAAUUCAAGAUGGGGGAGGCGAUCCCGUUGAGGGAGAAGUUUGAGGGAGAUGAUCCUAGAGCUUUUCCAGAAGGGGAUCCACGGAAUGAACAAGAGGACGAUUAAAUGCGCUUGAUGACUACAAAAGUCUGGUUGAUUUGUUAGUCUGGCCUCCAAAACGGCAUGGGCAGUAAACGAGGUUGUGUUCCCAGACGUUAUCAAUCGGCCACACUACAUGCUGGUUAUAAAUUCACAUAGUCUUAUUUGUCGCUGGGUUCAUUCACAAUAUACGGAUGAGAUGUGCUAUUCUUGGCGUUAUGGUAGACGAAUACUUCAG